AUGGCCAGCGACGCAUCUUCUCCCUCCACCGCCCCUUUCAAUCCUUUCCACCUUGCUCAUGCUAUUUCCAAUAUCAAAUCUCUCAUCUCCGUCAUCCUAGAUGUGAAAAAUCCUAACUAUCAAAAGUGGAGCCAUUUUUUCACAAUUACCGUCGGUCGUUUCUGCCUCUCCGAUCUUCUCCAUGGAAAACCCCGACCCGAUUCAAUUUCCGCCGAUGAAUGGCAACGCGCCGACUACCUCCUCCAAUCUUGGAUCUACGGCACCAUCUCCGAUGAUUUGUCCAGCAUGGUUCUCUCCAAAACAUCCACCGCCAGUGAUCUCUGGACCGCCAUCUCUUCUCUCUUCACCGAUAAUCAGAUUAUCAGGGCAUUCAACUUGAAGAAAAAUUCAAGUCCCUCAAGAAAGGCACUCUCUCCAUUCAUGAUUAUUGCCAAAUAA